AGAGAGAGAGAGAGAGAAAGUGAGAGUUGGGGGGGGAUUGGCGCAGAUAAACUGAUAGAAAAUUUUCGAACCUCUCUUUAACGUUUAUCUCUACGUUUUCUCUUCCCUUUUUGGUGUAGCCUCCAACUGAAAGUCCACUAAUAUAUAUUGUCAAUUAUUGUAGCUCUUCGAGAGAAGUCUUAUCUCACGCCAAUCUCUCAUUUCCCACUAUGAGACAUGAGGAGAACUACUUAGACCUCAACAAUCUGCCAGAUGACUUUUCUAAAGAUGGCAAAAAGCAAGCCCUGGAGGAAGGUUCUUCCUCUGGUCCAAGAAAGAAGAAAGGAAGUAAAGAAGGGAAAGAUGAGAGCGGAAAUGUGUACGAAUGUCGAUUUUGUUCACUCAAGUUCUGCAAAUCCCAAGCUCUUGGUGGCCACAUGAAUCGCCACCGACAAGAGAGGGAGACCGAGACAUUAAAUCAAGCUCGCCAACUGGUCUACCGUAACGAUACCUUAGCCCCACCUGGAGUUACACCUUUCGGAUAUCAUACCGCAGAUCCAACAAUAUACCGGUCGGUUUACUCAUCACCAAGUCUAUAUGCCGGAAGCUCCUCAACGACCUUUGUUUCCCAACCGCUUCAGCCGCCAUAUCCAUACUCCUCAAACCAAUACUCUCACAACCACACCAACGAUUACUACUUAAGCCAAACAUAUCGAGGCAGCAGAAGCAUCUCUCCAAACCCUAAUCUUCCAAUUACUACAACCGUUAAUUACAUGGCCGAGGGUCCCGUGGAAUCGAGCUACACUUGCGUUGGUGCACCUAUUGGUCAGACUGGUUACCCUAGCCGUGGCUCCCACAACAUCCGUGCGCCGCCGCUUGAACCACCACAAAGUCGUGAUGGUGAGGCUUCCCGGCAGCGUUUGGAUCACACUCUCCGGUUACCCAUUAACCGGUUUCAAGAUCAUCACCCACUCUGAGCUUUAACAUAUUUCUCUGUUUUUCUUUUAUGUUCCUUUUUCUUGGGUAUUUUCUUGUUCUCUUAUUUUGUUUGCUCGUCAAGAAAGUAGGAUAACUUGAAAUGUCUAAACACCAUGGAUCCGACAUGUGUUAUUACCAAAUGGCCCGCUUUGAAAAAAAAAAUGGCCCGCUUGUUGUG